AUGAAACAUAAUACACCCUUGGAGUCUUCAUCCUUGACAACGGUCGCACCCGGUUCGCUGAAAAGAGAUGUGUUACAACUAGCUGAAUACUUAUCAAAUAUAUCAAAGGCAGACAUUGUAUCUUAUGACUUGGAUUCGGCAUAUUAUAAUUUAAAUCGGUCCACGGCCUCCGGAAAGGGAUUUUCCAAUUAUAUCGACAACUUGGAGCGAAAUCUGUACAACAGAUUGGAAGCUGAACUGAUACAACUGUUUAACGAGUACGAUGUUACAACGAAGCCGGAUAUAGAUCCUCAAAAGGUCCUGGGUCAAAUUGAGCGUUACCUAGACAGCAAAAUUCCCAGUUCCAAUGUGAAGGAUAUCUUGUCAUCUUCUAGUAGCAGGUUAUGCAGACUUCCUGCGGUACUGCAACUUCUCUUUUUGCUUAAAGAUAACGCAAUUUAUAAGGGAGAUCCGUAUAAUUCCAUGCAAUAUGAUUCCACAACCAAACAUACCAGUGGAUUAAAACGCAAGUUAGUGGAUGACUACCAAUUAAAUCCACUUCAUAAUGAGCAAAAUGCCUUUUGCUUGACAGAUUCACUUGGUCAUUCUUUUACUCUACCGGAGGGAAUUUCCAAGGAAGAUUUGGAGACUGUAGAAAGUGGUGUGGAGUACGGAGAGAUCGAUGAGCAUGAUUUGGUAUUGGACGUUAUAUAUGUAUUACAGGGCAUAGAAGGCCGUUUCAUAAAAUUUGAUACUAGGGGAUACUUUUUAUUGUCACCAAAUACAUCAGUAUCACCUAGUGUACGUCAAUUGGUGAAUAAAAUAUCCGUUAUAGGUCAAUUGUAUAAUAGUAUUAAAAAUCGCAGUAUACAAAAGGGAUUGAUAAUUGAUGCUAUGUUUCAGGCAAUUUUGGAACAUCUUAAUGAGUAUGAUUGUCUAUUGAAUUCUCUUUCCUCCAACCCAAAUAACGACAAAUUGACUCUUUUAGGUCUUUUUUCACUUAUACAGAAAUCAUAUAAUAAAAUUAGACUGUUAAGUUUAGUUCUUGAUAACCCACCUGAUUCUGUCAUUAAUUUGGUUUAUGAUUUAUCUUCUAGAGGCGAUUCUUUUAGUAGAGAUAUAUUCUCCGAGCUUUUGAGAAAAUCACUAUUUCCGUACUUUGAAAUGAUAUUGAGGUGGAUAAUAUUUGGAGAUAUACAUGAUCCAUAUGAUGAAUUUUUCGUUGUUCCAGAUGACUCUGAUAAUUCCUUCGUUUUUGAAGAGUUAAAAGUCUUCAAAUUUAUUCCAUUGAAGUUUGCAAAGUCUGUUUUUGAAGCUGGUAUAUCUGCAAACUAUUUGCACAAAUUGGAUGGUAUAAAUCAUGAAAACGACUUAUCCUUAUUAAUAAAACAUAUUUCUUGUGAGGAAGAUAUUACAAAUUGGUCCAUAUACUCUUCUAUUCAGAGGAUUCAUACCAUACAAUCCCAUUUAAAGUAUUCAGAUAGAAUCACAGCCAUAUUGCUCAAUGAUUACAACAUUGUUGAUUAUAUGAAAUUCAUUUGUUUACAACCGACCUUUUCAACACCAAGUAAGACUCUGAAUCUCGAAGAUUUCGUUAAAUCAUUGGAACAUGGUGAAACUUUAUAUCUACCAAAGUUUUCUUUUCCAUAUAGCUUGAUAGUUGAAGAAAAUCACAUACCUACGUACUCUACUAUUAUUAGACUUCGUUAUCUAUUGUUUAAGGCAAAUGAGAAUUUAGAUGCUCUUUUGCAAAAUUAUAUCUGGUACUUUAAGCAUAACAACGGAAUUCUUGGAUUAUCAGGAUUUUUUAAUAAAGUAAAUUUUUAUAGAGCUGAAAUGUCUCACUUUGUUCAUAUAAUCCAGUCAAACCAAAAUAUAGACUUUGAGAUAUCAAAAUUUUUAAAAUUUCUAAAUAGCAUUGAUAAGAAUACUACCGUUUACGAGGUAAGAGAUAAUCAUAAUAGAUUCAUUAAUUCCAUCCAAAUUGAUCAGUAUGCGGAUAUUAUCAAGAUUUUAGAGAAUAUAAUUAAUUUUACUGAGGUACUGCUACCACUGUAUAAGAAAAAGAUGGAGGGGCUUCAUGCGCUUGUGGAAUUGCAAUAUAGCCCAAAUUCUCUUUUAAAAUUUUUAAAUGAAAAUAUAUUGGAUGAACACAGUAUAGGAAGGUCUGUUAGUUAUGCUAGCAACUUCAGAAAGAAUUUGCUUUUUUUCCUGCAACAGCUUGAAUUUAGAGAUACCGGAUGUAGAAGGUUAUUCUCUGUAGUUGAUUUCAACCGUUUUUAUCAAAACAACCACCUGUUAUCACCACUUUUAUAUGGAAACAUGUCGUGUGAAUACGGGUUAUAUAAUUAG